UUAUAGAAAAAACGCGAAAAGAGUUUUUUUUGCGGAAAAUAUUUUCUUCUUUUCUGUUUUUCCAUUUUUGACCCGAGAAAGCUUUUGAAUCAACCGUGACUUGUUCCCGUUUCGUACCCAAAGCAUAUUUCUUUCUCUUUCGUCCACUUUCUUCCUGAAUUACACGUCAAAAACCGAACUUUUUAAUGCAGAAGAAACAGUGAAGAUCAAAAUGAAACCAAUUGAUCUAGACCCAGAAGCUCGCUCGUUACAAAUUUGCAAUCCCAGGUGUAUCGUAUCGUAUUUGUCUUGAUUUAUAUCUUUAACUCAAUUUUUCUGUUGAGGAAGGUUUAAGUGCCAAUUCAGGUAGAAUUAUAGGACAUUGAAAAACAUGAAGAUUAAGCGGUUUGGGUUCAUGGAUCUUGAUGAAGGGUCUCCGUACAACUUUCCUGUCGAGCCUCUCAUUUUGCAUAGUUUUCGGGGUCAUAUGUUUUCACAGAUCGGUUUGUUUAUGGACAAUUCAUUGCACCAGUGUAGAUACUUUCAUGUCCCUGGAAGCUUAGCUCUCGAAGGAGCAUUUAAUCACAUUUCUAAGCUUGCUGGUGCUUUACUAUGUUUCUUCUCUUGUGGGCCCAAUACAAAUGCUACUAGAGAGAUAGAGGGUAAUUGGCAUGGUUCUCAACCCGGAAGCUCCAGAUCUUCACAUGUUAAACAUAUUACUUCUGGUCGGCAAAAUCUUAUAGGAUUUCACUUUGGUUUUGCAUCAAAAGGAGAAUCUGCUAACUCAGUGGUUUUUGGUAAGAUUUCGGCUUUUGUAAUGCAAUUCCUACAAAGAGAAGCUGAAAAGCUACAUUCACAUCCCAUGCUCUCGUUAGCUUCUGGACUUGUACCACCUUUUGGCAGCUUAUCUUCAAAUGCACUAGCUGUUCCAUUGGAGAAUACUGAUACCAUGGAUCAAAGGCCGUGUGAGGUUGGACAUCAAGGAUGCGCAGGAUUGCCAUUUCCUGACUUGAACUGGAGAAGACAUGCAGUGGAGCCUAGAACUGGCAUUGAGUUUCCUAUGAUAUUGGACAAUAUUUUAACAGGAAAUAAUAAUUCCAGUUUAAGUUCAGAGGUCCUUGUGGGAACUGGAUCCAGAACAAUGAAAAUAAUUAAAAUAAAAUCUCUGAAGAUCUAUGCGUUUGGUUUUUAUGUUCAUCCUUACUCUGUUUGCAAGAAAUUGGGGUCAAAAUAUGCUUCUAUUUCAGUAGACGAACUAAACAAACGCCAUGAUUUUUAUGAGGAUCUUCUCAGGGCGGAUAUUGAUAUGACAGUUAGGCUUGUGGUUAGUUGCAAUGGGAUGAAAAUCAAUACUGUGAGAGAUGCCUUUGAGAAAUCCCUUCGAGCCCGAUUGGUGAAGACAAACCCAGAGACUGACUUCCAUUGCAUAACAACAUUCCGUUCAAACUUUACACAAGAUAUUCCGUUGCCAGCGGGAACAACAAUUGAUUUUCAACGAACAGCUGAUGGAAAAUUAAUUACCAAAAUUGAAGGUAAUCAGAUUGGAGCAGUCCACAGCAAGGAUCUGUGCAGGGCUUUCUUUGACAUGUACCUCGGAGAUCUACCUGUGUCGGAGCAAAGUAAAGAAGAGAUUGGCAGAAAUGUUGCUAAUAUUAUUAGACGUUGCUGAAAUGGU